AUGUCAAACCAACCCAUCCCCAACCGCGCCGUCGUCGCCAUGAGCGGCGGCGUCGACUCUUCGGUGGCCGCGCUGCUGCUGCACCGGGAGGGCUACGACCUCAUCGGCGUCACCAUGAAGCUGUACGACAUCGACCAGGCCGACCUGCCGGAGUAUUACCGUGGCUGCUGCACCCUGGACGAUGUGGAGGACGCCCGCGCGGUCUGCCGCAUUCUGGGCGUGCCCCAUUACGUGCUGAACGUGCAGCGGGAGUUUCGCGCCUUCGUCAUCGACUACUUCCGCCGGGAGUACGAGAAGGGGCGGACGCCCCACCCCUGCAUCGCGUGCAACGACAAGAUCAAGUUCAGCUUCCUGGCCCAGCGGGCCCAGAUGCUCCAGGCGGCAUACGUGGCCACCGGGCACUACGCGCGCAUUGAACCGGACGGGUCCGGCUCGCUGGCCCUGCGACGCGGUGCGGACGCCGACAAGGAUCAGUCAUACGUCCUCUUCGGGAUGCGCCAGGAGCAGUUGGCCGCAACGCUGAUGCCCGUGGGACAUUACCCCAAGCCGGAGAUCCGCCGCUUGGCCGAGGAGGCCGGAUUCCCCAACGCCGACAAGCCGGACAGCCAGGACAUCUGCUUCAUUCCCACCGGUGACUACCGGGAGUUCCUCCGUGAGCGCACGGAUGAGCGCCCCGGCGAAAUCGUGGACGCCACCGGCAACGUGCUGGGCGCUCACGAGGGCAUCCAGUAUUUCACCGUGGGGCAGCGGCGUGGCCUGGGACUCUCCGGCGGUCCGCCCCGGUUCGUGAUCCGGCUGGAACCGGACACCCGCCAGGUGGUGGUCGGAUCCGAAAAGGACCUCUACCAGGACACGCUGUACGCCGAUCCGGUGUCGUGGGUGGCCGGCCCGCCACCGGCCGGACCGUUGGACGUGAUGGUCAAGAUCCGCUACAAGUUCGCGGAAGCGCCCGCCACGGUUACCGCCACUGGUACGGGGGCGCUGGUGAGGUUCCGGGAGCCACAGCGUGCCAUCACCCCCGGCCAGGCCGCCGUUUUCUACCAGGGCGACACCGUUCUGGGCGGCGGGCCCAUCGCCGGCGCAGAACCGGCGCCCCAAACCGAACCCGCUGGCGUCACGCUGGCCCAUGCCUGA